AUGGAUACUCAAUGCAUUCAUCACGAUGAAAAUGGUAUUAGUAAUGACGACGCAUAUCUCUGGUUUACUGGUGUCGUACCACCAAUAUAUUUAUCAAAUGGUGAAAAACCAUCAUUGAAUCCAACUCGACAAGCACUUGAGCAAAUAUUAACUAAUUUGAAUAAAGCAACACAACCAACAUUAACAUAUGCAUCGGGUUUAGCAGCUGUAUCGUCAGUUUGUUUAACGUUAUUAAAAAAGGGUGAUCAUGCUAUUAUUGUUGAUGAUGCCUAUUCAGGAACAACGAACCUUUUCAAAGCAUGUUUAAAUCGUUUCUCGAUUGAAUCAUCAUUUGUUAAUCUAUCAUUAUCAUUUUCAGCUGUAACAGAACAUCUUCGUCCAAGUACUCGUAUUGUUUGGCUUGAAUCACCAUCAAAUCCAUCGCUUCGUUUAGUCGAUAUUGAUGCUAUAUCAACAUUGGUUCAUUCUUAUGAUUCGUCAAUCGUAGUUGUAGUUGAUAAUACAUUUGCUUCACCAUUGAAUCAAUCACCACUUUUACUGGGUGCUGAUAUUUGUCAUGCUUCUUUGACAAAAUAUAUUAAUGGUCAUACAGAUGUUAUCGGCGGAUGCUUAUCAAUGAGCCGAAGAGAUUUAUAUGAAAAAUUUUUAUCGAGUCAAUCUUUAUUUCAAAUGAAUUUAUCACCAUUCGAUUGUUAUUUAGUUCGACGUGGUUUAACUACGCUUGCAUUACGUAUGCGACAACACAUGAAAAAUGCUUAUCAUGUAGCUCAAUUUCUUGAACGGCAUCCAGCUAUUGAACGUGUCUUUUAUCCAGCAUUACCAUCGCAUCCACAACAUGAAAUAUAUAAAAAACAAGGUGGAGCAUCGGGUAUGUGCAGUUAUGUACUAGUUAAAGAUGCAGAUGUGAAACAAUUUCUUAUGGCAUUAAAAUUAUGUACAGUAGCAGUUAGUUUAGGUGGAUGUGAAACACUUCUUGAAUCGCCAGCACUGAUGACACAUCGUUCAACACUUUAUACAAAUGAAACGAAUGAGCAAAUGUCAGAAAAUUUGAUUCGCAUGUCAGUUGGCAUCGAAAGUGUUCGAGAUAUAAUCAAUGAUUUAGAUCGAGCAUUAUAUAAAUCGAUAAAUCAAGAGCAAACUAACAAUACCGGAAUGGAUAAUGAUGAUUGGGAGAUAAUUGAAGAAGCUAAACGUAUUUCUCGUCGUUUACAUCAACCUCGUCUACAAGAAGUAGCUUCUGUUAUACUUACAAAAUCUGGUCAAAUGUAUUCGGGUAUUCAUUUUGAAUCGUCUCAAUCAUUCGCAACCGUAUGUGGAGAAGUUAGUGCUAUAUCAACAAUGGUUAAUGAUGGUCACCGAGAUCUAGCAGUAAUUGUAGCAUUAAGAGGAUUUGACGAUGAUAAAAAUCGUUUUGAAAUAAUGAAUCCAUGUGGCAGAUGUCGAGAAUUAAUUGGAGAUUUUAAUCCUGAUGCACAAGUCAUUGUAGGAACCAUCGAGAAACCUUAUCGAAUGGCAAUUAAGGAUUUAAUGCCAUUGAAAUCAUGUUCUACCGUAAAUGCAGCUGACUAA